AUGAGCACUCUGCCAAUGGAGAUUCACACCGACAUCAUCGGUGAUAAGCUGUAUGCCUCGCGGAAUCACAAUCAGCUACGCCAGGUGUAUCAGGGCUCUGCUUCCAAUCGAUCGCAGAUCGACUGGAACCUUACCCUUCGCCAAGUAAGGAGACCGAAGGAGAUGAAGUCGGCUUCGUCCGCUCCCAACUUGCACACUUCUGAGUUGUUGGAGAGCCGAACCCGACGAGAGCCGCUGGCUCCAGAGCAUCCGGACGGUCCGUAUCAUGGCGCAAGCCAAGCUCGAGGGAAGUACCAGAACUUUGCCAACUCUGCACACAUGUGCAAUGGUUUGGUGCGACACUCUUCAGGCCCAGCUCCAAGCAUCGAGUGGCAGCUCAAUCUGCGUGGCGGGAUCCAUCAGAAUGACUUCAAGACGAAGUGGCGCAGACAUCAUGCCCGACCUCACCAGUCAUUUGACUACAUUGACAAUUGCAGCAAAAGCAAUGAAGCCUACCAGAACUCGCAAUCCACGCCUGAGGAUCGGCGGUACGACCGCCGCUACGGGGCGCUGUCAAUAGAAACUAUUCGGGAUGAUCCGGUGAGCUUCCGACGGUGGCCGGGCUGUGAGGGCACACAGGCUUGCUUCGGCAGCGCAGUCAUGGCGCAGACAGCAGCUGCAGCUGAGGCUCCAUCAGCUCCCUCUAAAGGUCAGAGCGGAAUGGCACGUCCUGCCGGCGGAAAGAAGAAGGAGGUGCUGCAGCAAAUUGCAGCUUUGGUUGACCCUCAGGGCCUGCAUGGCACACGAAGAGUGUUGGCAGCCAUGAUCUGGUUGGGACUGGAGCCAGAGGAUCUCGAUGGCUCCAAGGACCAGAACGUGGAGGUUUCCGCCAAAGUUCCAGAUGCCGAGAGGGCCAGAAGAAUAAAGGAGGAGCGCGUGGGAGUCUGGGAGGGCUUGAAGAAAGCUCGGCUAAUAGAGCUGGAGAAGCGGCUGCAAUUUAUGUCUGAGCAAGACGUGCGCCGGUGUUUGCGGGUCAAACUUGGCGACGGAGUUCGCAUGGUUACCGAUGAUGACUUACCUCCUGUAACAGCUCUUGAAGGAAUGGGAGAUUUCGAGGAGUUGCAGGCAAGAGCGUUUCAGAAAAUCAAGGAUGAGCAGGCGAGGAAGGCAGCGUUGUUAGCGUCAGGCUUCCUCAUGGAGAAGAAAAGAUUAGAUGAGGCGGACGCAAAGAUCGCGGCCCUAGAGCAGCGGCUCAAGGACUACAAAAAAGCUCAGGCAGAUGCCAUCGAGGCCCGGAAGAAAGAGAACGCCAAAGCUCAGGAGAAACGGCAGCAAGGCAUUCAGAACACUGCGAAGAAACGUGCGCAGUGGGAAGACGAGACAUACAACAACCUGGUGAAUCGAAUCACGAAGGCCAGAGACGCCCGAGCAAAGUCUUACUCCAAGGAAGGAAUGAGCAAUGCCAUUGAGAUUGGAAUUCAGCGGCGGCAGAGGUGUUUCGACCAGGCUCUUGAGCGUGAGAAUGCUCUCCUGGAAAGCAUAGAGGCCGCCAGCCGGACGGCAGAAGAACGCUUGCAGGUCCGGCGGCAAGAGAUAGAAGAUGAAUGUAGACGAAAGGCCGAAGAGUCGCAGGCUAAGUUCCAGGAGAGGCAGAUCAAGAUCUACGCCCAGACGCAGGACUGGGUCGAAAAGAAGCUCGAGGACCACGCGCAGUUCAAGGCGCACUACAAAAGUCGUUGCCAAGCUGGUGAAGAUUUUAUGAAAGCUCGAUCUAAAUCAGCUGGUGAGAUCACAAAGAAGGCGCAUGAAAAAUGGCGGGCAAACUACAACAAAGUCGUUGCUGCGCAGAGCCAGAACAACUCGAACCUCUUGGCGCGACAAGAAGCUGCCAGAGUCCGUGCCGAGGAGACGAUGGCAUUGAAGCUGAAGUGUGCCAAUGACGUCCACUCCUUUAAGGAGGUGAAGUACAAGACGUGGGGCGAGCUUCAAAGGCGGCGCAUGGAGGAGAUUCAAAAAGCCAGGGAUGCCCAGUCGCAAGCUUUGGUCAUCAAGAUUGCAGAGGGUCAAGCCAAGGCUCGUGCAAGAGAGGAAGGAGCCAUGGAGGUAAAGAACCGCAGACAAAGACUAGGAGCGGACACGCUGGCUCUGAACGACCGCGCCAAGGAAGGUUUCAUCAAGAUCAAGUGUGAGCCAGAUGAAAGGAGGAUCAUCAAGGUAAUGAGCGACCUCGGCUUCGAAAUGCCCAGAUUGCCAGAUGAGGAUGAGGACGAGGAGGGUGAGAAGAAGGCGUUCUGA